CUGCGCCCGGAAGUCCGUCUUCAUGUUGACGUAGACGUCGUGGCGGCGCUUGGGCAGUUUGCGCGGCAGACGCUUGCGGAGGGUGAACUCCACCGGGUCCAUCUCCACCGCCUCCAUCUCCACCCCUGCGCCCGCGGCCCCCGGAGACACACACUUAGCGGCCGGACUGCAAGGCUCCGCCAUUUCACUGACAGUGCGAAGCUGGUGUGGGAGCAGAGCGUCAUAAGAGAUUAGCUGAACAUGCCUGUUAUUCCAUCCACAUGUGUGUGGGGAGGGAAUUAAUCAGUAGGGUUCGGCGAUGUUCAGGGGUACGUGCUCUACCCGCAGAUGGGCGAUCGACUGGACCUGGUGUGCCCCGCCUCCGGCCCCCUGGCCCCCCCGCUCUAUGAGUUCUACAGGCUGUACCUGGUGCAGUCGCCCCGGGAGGCAGACCGCUGUGAGGUCAUCGAUGACUCCGCCCUACUGCUCACCUGUGAUAGGCCGCACAGCGACACACGCUUCACCAUCAAGUUCCAGGAGUUCUCCCCCAACCUGUGGGGCCACGAGUUCCACACACACACAGACUACUACAUCAUCGCUACCUCAGACGGGACAAGGCAGGGCCUGGACAGCCUGAGAGGGGGGGUGUGUGUUUCCCGUGGGAUGAAGGUGCUGCUUAAAGUGGGACAGAGUCCGGUGGGAAACGGCACUCAUCCCGGCAAUGUGGGUGGGGCCGGGGGCGGAGCCCUGCUGUUCUCGAGUACUGUGCUGAUUGCGGGCGGAGUCGCAGGAUUGGUCUUCCUUGUGCUGCUGGUGGGCGUGGCCUGUGUGGUGUGUCACUGGCGUCGCUCCAGACAGGCCCAGUCCCGGCCGCCGCCCAUCUCUCUCUCCUCCCUGCGGGCGAGCGGGGGGGCUGCGCCUGGCAACAGCCACGCCUCCCAGCCCAGUGACAUCAUCAUACCGCGGCGGACCUCUGACUCCGCCUACUGCCCGCACUACGAGAAGAAACCUGAGGUGGGGCUGUUCUCUCCUGAACUGAACGGCAGCUCACAGAUGCAGUACCACAGCUGUCUACCAGAGGCAGCAGGAAGGCCACACAGGUCAGGACAACACUACAGAAGGAGAAGAGUGGGACUCCUGAUGAACCAGAACAUUCCUCACAUAAAGAGAACUGCUCUACCCCUGGGCUUCUGUCACACUCCUUAUGUGUGUGUGUGUGUGUGUGUGUGUGUUUUGAAUGAUGAUUCCACAGGGAUCAGAGUUUCAUUCCUCCGAAAAAACUUUAUUUUAACUUUUAUUUAUUUCUGCCAGUUGAAGUUCAGAAAGAGUUUACCCCUUCUCUCUCUCUCUCUCUCUCUCUCUCUCUCAAUGACUGUCUCACACCCUCUAUCUCUCUGUCCCUCUCUCAAUCACUAUCUCCCUCUCUCAGUUACUGUCUCACUCAUUCCAUCUCUCUCCAUCUCUCUCUUCCUUUUCCUUCUCCCCUUUCUCUCUCUCUCUCUCUCUCUCUCUCUCUCUCUGAGUUUUUGGCACCAUGGUAAACGCUGGCAUCUGGCAUUGUCUGCCAAACACAGAGAUUCUACAUCAAAUGGCCAUUUUGAAAAACCUCAGUGCCCAUUCACCGCAACUUUAGUGAUUGGCUGUUACCAUGACAACAGAAAUUAUUAAUGGUGCUUUAAUGGGCUGCAUUGUCUGCAGGUUUAACUCCAGUCCUGGAGGGCUCAGUGUCUGCAGUUCUAACUCACACACACACACACACACAUACACACACGCACACGCACAAAUACACACACCUACACUCACACAUACACACACACUCACACACAGGGAGACUUUGUCAUGAUGAAUUAUGAGUGUUUGAUUUGUUUCAUUAACUAUUGAACAGCACAUAUCCAGCCUGUCACACUCUAGCUGACUCUCAAUAUAUGAGUGUGUUAGUGUAUGAGUGUGUGUGUGUUAGUGUGCACAUGAGUGUAUGUGUGUGUGUGUGUGUGUGUUUGCAUAUGUGUGUGAGCGUGUGUGUGUGUUAGUGUGUGUGUGUGUGUGUGUGUGUGUGUGUGUGUGUGUGUUUGUGUAUGUGAGUGUAUGUGUGUGAGUGUGCACAUGAGUGUAUGUGUGUGUGAGUGAGUGUGUGUGUGUGUUUGCGUAUGUGUGUGAACAUGUAUGUGUGUUGUGUGUGCAUGAGUGUAUGUGUUUGUGUAUGUGAGUGUAUGUGUGUGCGUGUGUGUUUGUGUGUGUGAGCAUGUGAGUGUGUGUUGUGUGUGCCUGAGUGUAUGUGUUUGUGUGAGUGUAUGUGUGUGUGUGAGUUUGUGUGUUUGUGUGUGUGUGUGUGUGAGUGUGUGUGUGUGUGUGUGAGAGUGUGU